AUGCACGAUGACGUUAACAUUCCUGUCAUUAGGGUGUUUUACUGGUUUGGCCACUACUACUCGCUCUCGCUGCUCGUACAAGCCGUGAUUAUGAUUGGGGUCCAGAUCGUCUUGCUCAAAGUUGCCCUGGAUAACCGGCCGUCUCCAGGAGUCAAGAAUAGCGUGGAGCAUGUUCCGUUUAGCAAUUUGGAUGAGAAGGGUUUUGCCAGACCAUACGAAUUCUGGCAGUGGAAGUCCGCAAAGCCGUACUGGAUGUUCCUGGCCUAUUUUGUCGGGGCGCUAUCAUUCGUCCAGAUCCUUCUGCCGCCCAUUGCUCGGUCGGACUUCUAUGUGAGCCUCCUGGGAUAUGCUGGUCUGGCUGUAGAAGCUAUCCUCCCACUCCCUCAGAUAGUUGCCAAUCACCGGACUCGUUCGUGCAAAGGAUUUCGGGUUUCGGUGUUGGCAGCUUGGAUUCUUGGUGAUGUGAUGAAAAUGAGUUACUUCUUCUGCAGCAAAGAGGUGAUUCCCUGGGCUUUUCGCCUAUGCGGUAUGUUCCAGUGCGCCUGUGAUCUCUACCUCGGGGUACAAUUCUGGAUAUAUACUUAA